GGGCGCGAGAAUCGGCGGGCUGGACAAAAAUCAUAACGCCAAAUAGAAGUACAGAGUUAUGAUAGAAACAGCCCGGACAGCGAGUAACGGGAGUAACGUGUUGGUCUCUUCUGCUUAAUAUCGGCUUUUUUUAUGCUGCUAUAUUCCCUUUUUGGAGACAAGUGACAGAAGAUGACACAGUGACGCAUUUCUCUGGAAAGAUGUUAUCGACAGUGAGUGAGGCUUCAGCAGAGAGAGCGUAAUGUUAUGGACAGUCCAUUAAGUUAGCUCACCGGCUAGCCGAAAACUGCUAGCUAGAUGCAGCUGCGUCCCAGAGAGGAAACGAGCGAUGACUGACAGCGAUUUCUAUGGAUAAACAUCGUUUAAUGUGGAAUUUUACAAAGCUGCCAAAACACAGGUUCGUCGUUGAAAAGGUUCAAUCAUCCUACGGACUGUCAUGGACAACGUGAAGCCACGCAGCAAUGAUGAGGAUGAAGAGCUGCACUCCACAGACCCAGAGAGUAAAGAGAAGAGCAAAGACAAAAAGACCCUGUGCAAAGUAAAGUGGUCCCGAGAUGAGGAUGAAAAGCUGAAAAAACUUGUAGAGCAGCACGGAAGUGACUCCUGGAAAUUAAUAGCUAACUUCUUUCCAGGGAGGACAGAUGGCCAGUGUCAGCACCGCUGGCAGAAGGUGCUCAACCCGGAGCUGGUGAAAGGCCCCUGGACAAAAGAGGAGGAUCAAAAGGUUAUUGACCUGGUACACAAGUAUGGCCCCAAGCGUUGGUCCGUGAUCGCUAAGCACCUCCAAGGGAGGAUUGGAAAGCAGUGCCGCGAACGGUGGCACAACCACCUCAAUCCAGAGGUGAAGAAGUCUUCAUGGACACAGGAAGAGGACCGAAUCAUCUACGAGGCCCACAAACGGCUUGGCAACCGCUGGGCAGAGAUCUCCAAGCUUCUUCCUGGAAGGACGGACAACUCCAUCAAGAACCACUGGAACUCUACCAUGAGGAGGAAGGUGGAGCAUGAGGGGUACCUGCAAGAUGGCUGCAAGAGUUUCACAUCUUCUCACGCUGGAGUGAAAAGACGCCACCACAGACCAUGUCCUCCAACAGAGCCGCAGCACUGUGAGGGCAGUCCCCUGCCUAUAGCUGGCCAGAACCAGAUGGGGGGCUAUCCUUAUGAUCCGCACAGUGGGCAUUUGAUGGACAGUCUUCCUGAAAAUUCGGGGUUCAUAUCACCAUCCUGCCUGGAUGAUCCUGACAGAGAGCAAAGAAUUAAGGAGCUUGAGCUGCUGCUUAUGUCAGCAGAGAGUGAAGUCCAACGACAAGUGCAGUGCAGAGGUCCACGUAACCUGGAGCAGUACUCAGCCUGGCCUGAUAGUGUGUCAGAUGACGCAUUGACCACAAGUAGCAGCAGCCUGGAGGAACAGGCGGAGACAAGGUCCUGGAGGGGCCCUGAGAUCCCCCAAGGGCCUCCACCACAGCUUCCUGUCUCCCCCAGCAAGUUCCUGGCUGCAGAGGCCAGCACUGUGCUCUCUACCCUGCAGACCAUACCGGAGUUUGCAGAGACCAUGGAGCUCAUUGACUCAAUGUGUUUUGCUCUGCAGGACCCUGUUGCAUGGAGUGAAAUGGCCAGUUUCGACUUGUCAGACGCAGCAACGCCGCCCAGGCACAACCAGGCGGGCUACGCCACCCUCCUGCAAGAGCGCACAAUUGACAAUUCAAUGGGCUACACAGUCAACACCCCGACCACUGUCUCUGGUCGUGAUAAGAACUGUGCUCCAUUUGGUCUGGGCUGUGUCACCACCCUGACUCCUAUCAACUCAUCAAAACCCUCCCAAGCCUCCACUGGGAGAAGGAGGAGAAGAGAUCGGGGAGAACCGUCUCCUUUGUGCGACAGGACCUGCUCCUCCUUCUUGGAAAAUAUCUCAAAUUCUCCCAAGAAGACGCCCACAAAGUCACUGCCAUUCACACCAUCACGAUUCUCCAACAUAUCAGGGGCGGAGCAUCUGAAUCUGGAUAACCCCGCCCUCACCUCAACUCCUGUGUGUGGCCAAAGGUGUCUCCUCAACACGCCGCUCCAAAAAGAGACCACACCUAAGCACCAGAAAGAGAAUGAUGGUUCACGGACCCCCAAAUUCCGUAAAACUGUCAUGAUCCCGACACCGAGGACACCAACCCCCUUCAAAAAUGCUUUGGCUGCUCAGGAGAAAAUGCAUGGGCCACUGAAGAUGGAGCCACAGCCACUGGCAUUUCUAGAGGAAGAUAUUCGAGAGGUUCUAAAGCAGGAGACUGGAGCAGACUUCUUUAAUAGAGCAGACAUCCAGCCAGAGUACAGAGUGUGGAAGCAUAAUAUUGAUGGCCCUGCUAGAAAGGUGCGCAAGUCUCUUGUGCUGGACCCGUGGGAGAAAGACUGCCUAAAUGUCCAACUCUUCCAAGAACAGCUCAACAAUGCACAAGUUCCAGAUGAAAGCCUACUGACAAACUCUUCACUGAUCAGCCCAAACCCUGAGCAGGAGUGUAGCCGUUCUUUGAGCUCUGGCCGACAGGAGCCCUCAUUAGUCCCCGUUCAUCCUCAUCGCUUCACCAGCCCCCGGAUGAAGAAAUUUCUUGCCUCCCACAAAACACCAAAACACACCUCUGUGCAGGUGAGUGAGUGGGAAGCAGUGGUUUAUGGGAAGACAGAGGACCAGCUGAUCAUGACAGAACAGGCCCGUCAGUACCUGAACCCUUACCCGUCGUCUGGCUCUACCUCAAGGGCCCUUGUGCUUUAAAGCCGUCCCCUCGCUGCGCAGGCAACACUACUACACCCGUCCGACAGCUGAAACCUCCACUGCAUCCUGUAAGAGACAAUCCAGUGAAGACAAAUGAUUUAACUUUUCUUUUGAAGCAGAAAUGCACUGCCAACGACGCCCACAAAAAGACAUGGCUGCUGGUAUUGUUUUCAACACAACUCUAGGUCACUGUCGUAGUAGUUUUCUCCUUCCUCCUCGAAUACACACAACCUGGCAACGUAAACAGUCUUGUACAGAUAUGAAACGCUAGAACUUUUUUCUGCACUAGUCAGUAAUGUUGAAACAUCCUGCACAUACAGUAGGGUGUAGGAAUAGUGUUUAUUACUAGCAGUGGCUGCUUCUGAGUUUUAUAUUGUUAAUAUAUUGUUUAAAUGACAUGAAAGACAUUUUUAUAAAGUAACGCUACUCAUUGUGUAUCUCCUCCAGCUUGUUUUUCUAAACUCCCCCAAUUGCUGUUAUCAGAAAGAAAAAUGCGUACUUGCAUUAUAAUGACACCCAUGUAUUUUUAAAAAUCACACCAUGGGUUUUUAGCAAAUACACGUACAGUAAAGAAUAUAAUCUUAACAAUUCCUUUGAACAUUGUAGGGGAAAAGGCAUUUUUGUGUUUUUUGUGUGACAGCAGUGUUACGUUGCUGAAUGCGUCUCCACGGUGAUGUGAAUUUUUUUGAGGAUGGAAAUAAGAAGCUGUCAGUAUUGCACUACUGAGUUGAUUUUGCUGCUGAGAAAGGAGCAAAGUGUUUUUAAGGGCAAACUGGAUAGCACUUGUGAUGGUAUCUUUUUUCUUUUUUUUUUUUUAACAACACGAUUCCUUUCCAAGGCCAUAGUGUCUUUCGAGACAUCGGUUGAAUGUAUUUCAUUGCAAUGUUCAUGUGUAAGAACCUCAAAAAAUGGAAGGGUACAUUAAUGUUUAUUUCUGUUUGUUUUAUUUAUUAUCUGACAGCUCUAAAGCUUAGAUAUUAAUAUAAAAUCGGACACCAUGAGUUUUUAAGAAGUUUAACUUUGCUGACAAAACAGCCUAAAAACCCUCACUUGCUCUAAAUCAGCUCCCUCUGACCCCUUUUCCACCAACAUGGAACAGGUUCUGUUCUGGCUCAGUGCACCAAAUUUUGAAGCGUUUGGAGCAUUUUGACCAAAAAAUUAAACUGAUUGGGAAACUGAAAAUUCAGCUGGAACCAAAAAAUAGCAGGUUUUCCUUGACCUGAAGUGCAACCAGUAACGACAUGAGUGGGCAUGUGACACUCUACAGGUUGGAAAAGAGAGGAUGGACCAGUAUGUCCAUCUUGCACUAAUGGUAUUCUACAUCUACUUAUCAUAACAAGUUAGUCCAGGAUAAUCUUAUGGACAAUAGACAAAACAGUUUUCUUUACAGGUGCAAUAUGUAAGAAUUUUAGUAAAAAAAAAAAAAUUCAACAAACAUCAACAGAAUUUGAAGAAAUAACAACACUGAUGUUAAGACGCCUUUGUACUCUGUUGCCGAGAUAUCUACUGAAGUUAGCAUGCUAACCAGCUAGCCCUGGCCUGUCCUGUACAGUAUAGCUCAGGACUCCUGAGGUUGAGCGCUGACUGAUGCCAAACCUCUCCCUUCAAACCUCUGCUAUCCCCACCUGAACCCACCGUUUCUCUGCACAUUCUGGCGCUGCUCUCUGCCAGCCUUCCUCGCUCAGUCACCCCCGUCCUAGCUCUGAAAACCACCUCCACCCAGCGGUCAAAGCUUGAGUGCUAGUGGUGUAAAUAGCACAAGCUUAACUGAGCUAACCAGCUAUUGGAUGACAAGUAGCAGCUGUGAGUGGUUACUCUGGUGAUAUGCUGCCAAUUAUUAUUUUGACAGGGGGGCAACUUGUUACAUAUUGCACCAUUAACACAAGAACACAAAGCUCAAAGCCAGCAAAAAACACAGGCUGGUUCGCCACAUCACACCACGGCUCCAACAGUCCUGAACAGAACCGGUUCAAGAACCAGAGCUAGUUUGGUGGAUAAGGGGUAUCUGUGAUAGAGUGAAUGGUCACCAUUGCUUUGGUUGAUGCCGACCAGUUUUCAUAUCAUCAGUGUUCUGCCACAAGCAUUUGGUCGAGAAGGAUUUACGUUUUAUGUGAAGGCUGUAGGUUUUUAUUUAUUUAAUGUCUACUAAUUUAUUUAUUUCUUUUAAAAAAACAUUUAAUAGAAAUUAUUGAAGAAUUUUUAUCGUCUUUUCUCUUUCAAAAAGUCAGGAUUGGGCUACCAUUCAGUUCCAUUACUCCAAGUUAGUAGAACAUGCACUGCCACUAAUUUAAUGUUAAUUUCAUACCAGGCAAGAUCUAGCAAAUAAUCAUUGUGUAGUUGUAUCUGUGACCUUGUAACAUAUAGAUAGGACAUUUUUCUUUUUUAGGUAGCAGGACGCCAUUUCCGACCUCUAAUCAUAGACAAAUUGCACUUUUUUACUCAUCAUUUAAUUUGAAAUGUUUGUUCAUUCUGAUGAUGUAGCUCUUGUCCUUUUUAAUUUUGUGUGUGUGUGUGUGUGUGUUACUGUUGUCUCCCCGUGUUGUAAUGAAUGCUGACAUUAAGAUCUCGCUGCUUGAUUUCAACAUGUUCUUUCUCCUGUUCGGCUGCAGAAAUGUAUCUAUGUUACAGCCUUGCAUUCAGAUAUUUUUCAGACGGGUGCCUCCAGAGUAUUUCAGCAACAUCCAAAUUUAAUCCCUGCAGCUGCCAGUGUCUGAAAAACCUUCUAUCCUGCUGAAAUGCCUUUGAGCAAGACCCUAAACUUCUACCUGCUCACUCAUUAUUUGACACAAGUUAUGCAAAUCUGGGUGUGAUUUUGACGAAAUGUACUGCACUGUGCUUCAGCGUUAACGUGUCAUUUUUAACCAUCCACGCACCAAACUUUUUAUAAUCUGGUGAAGUAACACUACAGCUAUAAAUGGUCUUCCUCGUAUUAUCGGCAUUAGUGGAUCCAGUGUUAGUUAUAAUCUGGAUUAUCCUGCAUUAGGCAAUUGAGUGAGAAUAAGAAGGGAAUCUUGUCAGGGAGAUCAGGUGGAAAGAUCAUGAGUGCACGCCUCUAAAACACAAAGUAACCUAACGUCCACAUUUGUGUUUAGGUCUGGCGGUUGAGAUGUGUCUAAUCUGUAUAUAAUUGUGUUAUACGUUCUGUUUGUUGGCUUGACUUGUGUUUGUACAUUCCACCUGUUGAUAUGUUUGCGCGUUAACAACAUUUGGCCACGUAACAUCAUAGGUUUUGAGGGAAUUCAGUACAUUUACAGGAUUGUAGCAGCGGCUGUUAUAUACUACUGUAGUUAUGCAUGAGCAAUACACAAGAUGCUGGAUUUUGCUUUAAUCGACGAGGUGAAUCACAGACGUAACACUCUAUAUUUUGUAGCAUUUUCAGUUGAAAUCAUAACCAAGGUACCAUAGAAAUCCUGCCAACUGUCUGUUUAACCGUGUACUUAAUUUGCAAAAAAUAAAUGCAUCAUGCUGCAUGACA